AUGACCGAGCGUGAGGUGGACGCGCUCAUUGGCGCUGCCGUGCAGGCCGCCCUGGCCAAUGAUGGCACGGUCUUGCAAGCAACGAGCCAGCUUGUGGGCCUCUUCAAGGAUCUAUGUACCGGGCACACCGAAGCCAUGCAGACGGAUGCUCGUAAGGCCCUCACGACGGUCGUGGGCAACGCUCGUCGCGUUGCGGCUGCCGAGGCUGAUCCCCUGGCUCGCUGCCUGGCCCUCGGUGAAUUUGGUCUGAGUUGCACCGCGUUGGCCGAUGCUGGUAAGGCUCUGGUGGAGGCUGCUGCCUCAACAGCGGCACCGGCUGCAACACCGGCUGCAGAACCCGGUGUACAAGAGCAGGCGCUGGAGGAUAUCGAUGACGUACAAGGCGAUGAACCCGAGCUCUACAACAACUUUUCUGGCAAUGCCAUGGCAAUGGGCAUUGAGGAGGAAGAGGACGACGACGAUGAUUUCGCGACUGCCGAUGAUGAAACGGCCACCGCCCGCCUCGCUGUUGCAUCGGCCUUACCCCCGCUGGAGGAUGAGAUCCAAGACGUUGUCGACAUUAUCCUGCACGACGCCGAGGAGCUCUUUGGUGCCAUUGAACGCUGGGACGUGGCUGAUGUCGUGUGCAUCACCACCGGCGUUAUCCGUGCCCUGCCCACGCUGCUGCAAGAAGCUGACAAAAUCGACAGCGAUGAUGUUGCUCAGGCUCGCCAAAAUGUCGUGGAGAGCUGCGGUGUCAUGACAGGUCUGGCCCGUACCGUGGCUCGCAACCCGGACGGAGCCUACCUCACCCCCCAACUUUCAGAUGCGCUCUCCGAUCUGACCACGGACAUCAACGGCUUUGUCGUGGCUUUGAAACGCCACCGCUACCUCGGCACGCAAGACGAAAUCUCCUCCGAGGUUCUCAUCCAGCGUUGUGAGGGUAUUCUUCUCACAAAGCAACAGCCCUCCCCGUACAGUGACGCGCCCAACCCAGAGAAGCUGCAGCGGGUGACCAAUCUCUCGCAAAAGGCUGCCAUGCAUGCCUUGUCCCAGCUCUCCGGCUGUCUGCUGAGCGAUGACCCCACUGUCAAAGAAUUGGCCGCACUCUUGGACCAGAUCGUGACGCAUAUUUGCCACCUGCUUGAUGCCAGUGAUCGACUCUCGCACGGCGUUAAUUUACCACCCCGGGCCCACGCCUUUGAGACCUGCCACUUGAUUGUGCGCGCUCUCCUGCCCGUGUGCAAACCCGUGCCUCCGGGAGGCAAUGGGCCCGAAGUCGGCGCAGCUUUGACCACGCUUCGCAGCAACAUGCCCGUCUUGCUCGAGGCCAUCAAGCGCCUUGGUGACGAGUGUGACCGCCUCCUUGAGCAAGCCCAGGCCAAGCCGCCCCCCUUGCCCCAGCGCUUCGAGCCAACCUCCGCUGGCAUAACCACCAUCGGCGUCACCUGCCGCCUCUGCAGCGACAACUUUAUCAACACCAAGGGCGAGCCCCUGCGCCUGGGCGAUGCAACGCAGGUCACCCUGUUUGAGGAUGCAACAAUUCAGCAGCUCAUGGUCUCGCUCACGCAAAACAUCCGAAUCCCCGUAACUGACCUUGCCGUGCUCAGCGCCGAGCAAGUGCUGCCAGGCGACCUGGCCGUAGCAGACGCACUCAAGCAAUCGGAGCUCUACGUGUAUAACAAGAACGACAAGCAUGACCUACAGAACGAGGUGGCUCUCAUCAAGCAGCGCCAAUUGGCCAAGGCACUGCGUACAAACAAGAUGAGCUCCAGCACCAACAUCAAACGUUCUGAAACGAAACGUGCUUUUUCGGAACUCAAGGGGCGAUCAGAUGAGGAAACGGCGCGUCUGCAACUCAUGUCACUGGUCAAGGAUGGCCGUUUGACGGUGGAUCAAGCCGUCAGCGCCAGCACCAUCGCCAACUCGGCUGCCAUGCAAUUGAGCCUCAAGGCUUCGCAUGCGCUCGACAUGCCUGCCAACAAGCGGCCAGCGCCUGGGAUCCCGCCAGCGCCUGGUAUCAACACGGCCUCGGACGAGGACAGCAUGUCCAUGGCCGCCUUUGCCGCCACGUCCACACGCCGUAAAUUCAGCCGCAGCCCAAGCCCCAGCGGCGGGGCCCCUAAGCUCUUUAUGGAAGGCUUCUUGGGCAAAGAGGGCGGCACCUACCGCACGUGGAAAACGCGGUGGUUUGUACUGACGGACGUAGAGCUGACCUACUUUCGCUCGCCAAGCGUCAAGGAUCCCUUGGGCGUUAUUCCUUUGGAUGUUUCGUUGUGCUGCAGCCCCGAACCGGAUCGCAGUGGACACGGCAAUUGCUUUGCUCUCAAGCCCAAGCAGCAAACGGAGCGCGUUUUCUACCUCAGCGCUGCAACAGAGGCUCAGCGUCGAGCCUGGAUGCGCUGCAUUGACCAGCUCAUCCCUGGGCGUCAGCCAUACGUGUCCCAAGUCAAGGCGGUUAAGACUUGCAUCCAACAUCUGCAGGAAUCGGGGAUCGCCAAGGAGGACGUGUUUCGCGUGCCUGGCAAUGCGGGUCAAGUUCAAAAGCUGGUGGAAGCCAUGCAGACCAAGCUAGAGCUGCCGGCUGACCUUCUGGGCAACCCACACACGUUGGUGAGCUUUAUCAAGGCCGUCUUCAAGAAUCGCUUGUUGGGUCCGUUUUUGUCCGAUGAAGAGCAGCAACUGCUCAGCAAAGCUCUGCAAGAAAGCGCCUCGGACGAAGCAACGCAAGUGUCCAGCGUGCGCCACGCUCUUGAGCUCAUGCAUCCUCUCGAGGCGGACCUGGUGCUGGCCUUGGGUGAACUUUUGGUCAAGGUGGACGCCCAUCAAGCCGUGACCAAGUGCUCUUCGGAAGACCUGAGUCGCUCCUUCGGCCCGCUCCUGUUUCCCUCGGCCGAGGAAAGCCAGGCCUGCCGUGCCAUCUUUCUUUUGCAGGCGCAUCUCGAGGACAUGCGCAGUCAAGACUCUGAUGCAUAG